AUGUCGACGGCGGAAAAGUUGAUUGUCCUUGGUGACUUCAACUCCCGUGUCGGCACAGACCAUGCCGCCUGGAGAGAAGUGCUGAGUCGCCACGGUAUCGGCCGCCUAAAUGACAAUGACCUGCUUCUCCUACGAACCUGCGCAGAACACCGUCUUGUCUUGGCCAACGCCUUCUCCCGCCUUCCGAUCCGGGGGAAGGCGGCCUGGAUGUACCCUCGUUUGCGACAAUGGCACCUGCUGGACUAUAUUCUCGUUGGAAGGCGAGACCAGCGGGACAUGCUGGUGACAAGGAUUAUCCCGGGUGCCGACGGGUAGACCAACUACCGCCUCGUCCACUCUACGAUGAGGAUCUGCCUACAGCCACGCAGGAGAUCUCAAGUUAAGCGAUUCCCAGGUAAGCUGAAUAUUGCUUUGUUGUCUUUGUCUGUUCAUCAUCUCCAUUUCGUCAACGAGCCAGCUCAACGACUAACCAACCGUCCAAUCACCGCCGCCGUCGAGGACGCCUCAGUGGAGAACCGAUGGUGCUAACUGACGGACUCGACCCAGUCAACCGCCCCGGAGGUCCUCGACCAUUCACCGUGUCAACACAAGGACUGGUUCGAUGAUGAUGAUGAUGAUGAUGAUGAUGAUGAUGAUGACGACGACGACGACGACGACGACGACGACGACGACGACGACGACGACGACGCCGCCGCCGCCGCCAUCAACAAUCUGCUCCUCCAGAAGAACCGUCUUCACAAGGCCUACGUGAACCGCGUACCCGCCGACAACAAAGCAGCAUUCUACCACAUUCGCCGCCCUCUGCGACAGCGGCUGCGGGCAAUGCAGGAGGCCUGGAUGGCUCGCAAGGCCGAGGAGAUCCAAUGGCACGUGAGUACGUGCUGCGAUCAAGGCUGUCUACGAUCCCACAGUCAAAGCAACUGCUCCUCUUCUCAGAACCGACGGGACCACCCUACUCACUGAGAAGAUGCACUCUGAAACAAUGGGCCGAGGACUUCAGAAGCGUCCUCAACCGUCCCUCUACCAUCUUCGACGCUGCUAUCACUCGUCUGCCUCAAGCGUAA